CCCUUAACAUGUUAUUUCAUCUUACUCAUCAUGUCUUGGCAAUUAUUGGCCCAAACCCGAUCGGUUACAAUGGAAUUGCCGUUUCACCCGAGGGCCCACCUUUAGGCACUUUGCACCAUACUACUGGAAGGGAAGCCGCAUACUCGAGUAGGAUCGGGCCGGAUCCGGGCAGCGGCAGUGAUCCCCUUUUGUAGGGGAAACCCUUUUAGAUGCCAUGCGCUUGGCGGCAAACCCUUUCGGAUACUUGUACCAUCGGCCGGGAAAUAUGCUAUCGAAAAUGUAAAACUUUUGCAACGAACAGCAAAAUAUUUACCCUCUCCACCUGUCCUUUUACCCCCCAAGAAUGCAAAUGAGUUGCGGGAGAUCCUGGAAAGAAAGGAAAAAUACAGAAAUACUUGCAGCCUUCUGGUAUUUUUAAAGAAAUUUCUCCACAAUCUGUUGAGAUGAACUGGGUAAUACUGAAGGUGUUUAGCAAUUUUUACAGAGUUCUUGGCAAGGUGUGAAACACCCAAAACAUACUACUUUCGAGCGAGAGCAGGACAACAUAGGAAGGCUAUCUGACUACUGUAUAGAUAUUUCUAAAAAUAUAACAACUGGCUUUUUUCAUUUUUCAUUUUUUCGCUUUACGGUAUCUUUCAAAUUUUGUUACAGUUUUGUGAUGGGCCGAAGAGGAGGUGAUUGUGUGCAAAGGUUUCACUCUUUCGAUGGCAUAUUUCCCGGUUAAUGGUAUCAUAUCCAAAAGGUUUACCCAAAAUAAUAUUUCACACGCUCAUAAUUUCUAUUUCGGCCCUGGGUACAAGUAUCAUACUUGUAUUAAGUUCCUACAGUUUCGCCUGACAACGGAUUUAUCCUCCCUGGAAAAGGGUCGUGUCAACCCUUGACUCUCGCCCGCUACCCAUCCAACACCAGUGAUGUACUCGUACCGCGACGCGGAUAGCACCUCCACACGCACAGCAAACUCCACAGCAUCACACCUGUCAUAUAAGAUUUCGAGCUGCGAAAGUUAGAUCGGGAAUCUGCAAAUAUUGUUGCCAUGGCUACCAUCGACGACGACCGCUUACCAUGGUUGUCGAGGUCUUCUACCGGCUAUGAUCUCUUCACCAAGACCCCGGAAAAUCCGACCUCUUACCCUUCACUGGUUACUGUUGAGGAUGAGGAGACUACGGUUGGGCCCAUGAGGGUUAUGGCCAAUAGAGGGACGGAGAUAUUUGUUGCGAGGGGGAAUGAAGUUCGGUGUGCUGACCUUCAGGAUUUGAAAGCGCGGUACACGCCCAAGGCUGGCACUCGGGAGGAUGGGCAUAGAGAGCAUAAGGUUUGUGCCCGGGUGUGAUGGGUUUGGGUUGGAAGGGCUGCUGACUGAGGAUGGCAGGUGCUGGAUAUUCCGGAGUUGGAUUUUGAAAUUCGCCAGCUGGAAAUCAGUCGGGAUGGGCUUCUGUUGGCCAUCAUUGGUGAGAAAGAGCUUGCGGUGUGUAUGCUUCCGGCGGAGGGCCUAGCGAGAGGAGAUGUUUCGAAACUGAGGGUUCCUGCGUAGGCUCCCCGAGGAUUGAGUCGAUUUUCGGCGUUGGCUAACAGAUUCUAGGUUUAACAUGGUCGGCUCGAAUUAUCAUAACUCUGAAAAAGGCUGCCGAAUUGUUCGAGCGAUAUGGCAUCCUCUCGGAGUCGAAGGUGCCUCGUUGGUGGUUUUGACUUCUGAGAGUAUUGUUAGGUUUGUCCAUUUCCUGCUCUAUUGUAUCGGAGUGCCGUGCUCACCACGGGUGUAGAACGUACGAUUUCACGAUUGGUCAUGAGUUUACGUUCGAGAUACCGGAUCAAACACUCGACCUUUAUACAUUGAGCGGGCGCGCACGCCAUGCCGGCGGUUUCUUUGCCGACGAAGAAGAGAUGGAGGCGGCUUCAUGUUGUUUUGGCGAUGGUCUUCAAGGAUGGAGACCGUUUACUCUGUACAUCCUCAUGAGAGGUGGAGAUAUCUACGCACUUACGCCCCUGGUUCCAAGCCGCUGGAAGGCUCCCCGCGAGUAUCUUCAAAACCUUUCGCUCGACAUUAAUUGUGGUCUUGAGAACCUUGAGGACGAUGUUACAAUGGAGGAAAAGUUGGUCCUUCGUCAACAGACCAAGUGGAUUAAUCAUGUCUUGAACCAGGAGGCCAAUAUUGGCGCUAUAUAUACUGGAUCUACCAUAUCUCCGCGGAAGAAGGCGUCGACAUGUUUGGUCCGUCCUGGCAUUGUUGGUCCUGCACCGCAGUUGCAGGGCCCUUUUUUGUUUCAGCCAGCACCACAGGAACUCUCCAUUGAUGAGUAUGGCUGCGACAUUUUCCACAUUGUGUCUCAUCCUGUUGGUGUUAUCGGGAUUUUGUUCUCAAAUGGAAAGGUCGAUGUUUGCUUGGAACCUGAGUCGCUGAAAGCCAAAUGGGUUGACAAGAGGAUUAGACAUAAAGAAUUGGGAGGUGAAUCCGGCCAAUCGACGCUGGGCCUCCCGGUCAUCUCGGGAUACGAGACCAUCGAUGUCGGGUUUUCGCCGGGAAGCAGUUCUUCAAAGAUUAGCUGGCCCGUCUUCUCCCCCGACCCGCAAUCCAACCAGGUAUGGUAUAUCAACCACAAUAUGGGCGUCGCAGCAAUCUCGAUGAAGGCGUGGUUAAGCAAGCUAGCUACGGUCCUGGACGGUGAUGAAGACGACGGAUUUGUUGCCAGAUCCAUGGAGAGGAAUCCACAAUCUACGGUCAAUAAGCCAAUCCAGAACAACAACAAGCCUCAAUCCCUCGCAAGGCCCAUAACCGGGAGCGUAGCAGUCUACGAAGCAUACCUCGGCUACAUCCUCAUCGCUGCUACAAAGACCAACUCCCAAAGCGUCGAAUUCGACGAUGUCCAAGGUCACACUUCUGGAGCCGAGUCAUCCUCAGUGGCCAUCAUACACUCACUCACACACCCCAAUCAAUCCCCCCCCUCCCGACAUCUGGCCCUUCGCGGCCACCAACGUCGCCCGUCCCUGCUGACACCCCACUUCACAUCCCCGCCAGAGCUAACAACCCCCAGCGCCCUCCACGCCCUCCUAAAGCCCACCAACCCACAGUACAAGCAACUCCUAGCGUCCCCCAUCCACUUCACUACCGAGACAAACGCCCUGCUGCGUGCCGCGCGUGAUACGCUCAAGACGGAAUACGACCGCAUAAUGGAGAUUGCGCAAGAAAUGUACGACAGGGCGGCAACCCAGCGCAUCGAAUUCCGCAAACAACUGGAAAGCAUACACAAAGCCAGCGAAACCCUCACUCGCAUACAGAACAAGGACGUGCGUGCGCGACUAGGCCACUUCCUGACUCGUCAGGAGGAACUACAAGCGCGCGCCGAUGAAGUUCUCAAAACCCUCAUCGUCAAGAACGAGCUUGGCGUUAGCGAUGCGGAGAAGAAGUGGUUUCGCGAAGUCGCCAAGGUCGAGGAGAGGAUUGGUGGCGGUUCGGAGAAAGGGCGGCAACAGGGGGAGGAGGGCGAACAGGAAGCGGAGGAGGAGGACUCGGGUACGCUGGCUGGAAGAAGGGAGAUUGUCGCUUGCUUGGUGGGACAGCUGUGUCCACUUGUUGACGAAGACGGAACGGGUACAAGCCCUGAAAGCCAUAGGGGGAUGAGGAUGGUUGUUUGCAGGGGUGAGGACGUGCCGGAGGAGGUUAGAAUGGGCAAACUACGGAUUUUAAGGGAGUUGUUGGAAAGGGAGUAUGUCUUCCCCCUCCGUCUUUGGCGUCACGGGAUGGGUGGAUAAUGAUCGCUAAUGAAUUGCAAAGGGACGUCCUCGUCAAAUCCGCCAAAAAGAAGCUGGAGAACUUGACCUUGGAGGCGGAAAGGGUUUAGUUGACACUUGUUUGGUUUGGUUUGGCCAUGAAGAGCGGACCGGGUUAGAUCCGGGGCCCUUUGUGUUCCCCGUUUCUGAGAAUCCUUGUUACUACGCUGCCCCCUGUACUAUAUACACAGUGUGGAAUCGCGUUUCUUUUCUCUCCUUUGCUGUUCCUCUUCAUAACCUGAUUCUCGAGAUGCCGGGCGUUGCGUUUCAUCUCCUUCCAUUACAUUACGGGGUUUUCAAGUUUCGGUGUGUGCUAGUACUGUACUGUAGGUAAUUUAUGAUUUCUUAUAUCCAUAAAUAAACUCUGACUAUGGGGGAGGGGGUUUCUUUCUUUCCUGUCCAAGACUAUGGCACCUGUUGAUAUCCCGCGAUCCGCCAAAUUGUGGAGUCUUGCUCUGUGGGGAUCUUUCCUCUGGGCAAUUUGCCGUAUUUCUGUCCCGGUGUGUGGAGUGAUUCUCUUUGGUUAGCUGUUAUUGUUCCCGUCGGUAAUGUGGGGUCUUGUGAUGUGGGAAAGAGUCUUUUUUUGGGGGGAGAGGUGGGGGUGCAUUGCUUGUUUGAGAUUUUCUCAUCGCUUUACUCUCCCGGUCCGCGUGGGUAUGGUACUUUGUUGUCGGGUAAGGAGGGAGCAGCCAUGGCAGAGGAAAAAGGGGAG